GGCGCGGAGCGCAGGCGGAGGCGCGGAGCCGCGCAGGGGCGGCGGGCCCGGCUCGGCCAGGCCCGGCUUAGCCAGGCCCGGCUCGGCUCGGCUCGGCUCGGCUCGGCUCGGCUCGGCUCGGCUCGGCCCGGCCUGGCUGCCCGCCGGGCGAGGAUGCGGGAGGGGCGGCCGGCGGCCCCGCGCUGCCCGCCCGCGCUGCCCGCGCUGCCCGCCUAAGGGGCGCCCCCGCCGCCGCCACCAUGAAGAAGCAAUUUAACCGCAUGCGCCAGCUCGCCAACCAGACCGUGGGCAGGGCUGAGAAGACGGAGGUUUUGAGCGAAGAUCUCCUGCAGGUGGAGAAGCGCCUGGAGCUGGUGAAGCAAGUCUCCCACAGCACCCACAAGAAGCUGACGGCAUGUCUGCAGGGCCAGCAAGGCGUGGACGCCGACAAGCGCUCGAAGAAGCUGCCGCUGACGACGCUGGCGCAGUGCUUGAUGGAGGGGUCGGCUGUGCUGGGUGACGACUCCCUGCUGGGGAAGAUGCUGCGGCUGUGCGGGGAGGCGGAGGACAAGCUGGCCCAAGAGCUCAUUCACUUCGAGCUGCAGGUGGAGAGGGACGUCAUCGAGCCCCUCUUCGUGCUGGCCGAGGUUGAAAUCCCGAAUAUCCAAAAGCAGAGGAAGCACUUGGCGAAGCUUGUGCUGGACAUGGACUCCUCCAGGACGCGGUGGCAGCAGUCCGCAAAGUCCUCGGGUUUGGCCAGCAACCUGCAGCCCUCGGGCGCCAAAGCCGACGCUCUCAGGGAGGAGAUGGAGGAGGCGGCCAACAGAGUGGAGAUUUGCAGGGACCAGCUCUCGGCUGACAUGUACAAUUUUGUGGCCAAAGAAGUAGACUAUGCAAACUAUUUUCAAACCCUGAUCGAGGUGCAGGCAGAGUACCAUCGGAAGUCCUUAGCGCUUCUGCAGAAUGUCCUGCCUCAAAUUAAAGCCCAGCAGGAGGCGUGGAUGGAGAAGCCCUCCUUCGGGAAGCCCUUGGAGGAGCACCUGGCCGUCAGCGGGCGGGAGAUCGCCUUCCCCGUGGAGGCGUGCGUGACGAUGCUGCUGGAGUGCGGCAUGCAGGAGGAGGGUCUCUUCCGAGUGGCUCCCUCGGCCUCCAAGCUGAAGAAGCUCAAGGCUGCCCUGGACUGCUGCGUGGUGGACGUGCAGGAGUACUCGGCCGACCCACAUGCCAUCGCAGGAGCUCUCAAGUCCUACCUGCGGGAGCUGCCGGAGCCCCUCAUGACGUUUGAGCUGUACGAGGAGUGGAUCCAGGCCUCCAACAUCCCGGAGCAGGAGAAGCGGCUGCAGGCUCUCUGGAGCGCCUGCGAGAAGCUUCCCAAAGCCAACUACAACAACAUCAGGUACCUGAUUAAAUUCCUGGCCAAGCUGACCGAGUACCAAGACAUGAACAAAAUGACGCCGAGCAACGUGGCCAUCGUGCUGGGGCCCAACCUCCUCUGGCCGCAGGCAGACGGGAACAUGACGGAGAUGAUGACGACCGUCUCGCUGCAGAUCGUGGGCAUCAUCGAGCCGCUCAUCCAGCACGCUGACUGGUUCUUCCCUGGAGACAUCGAGUUUAACGUGACAGGCAACUACGGCAGCCCCAUGCACGUCAACCACAACGCCAACUACAGCUCCAUGCCCUCCCCGGACAUGGACCACGCGGACCGCCGGCAGCACGACCAGGCGCGGCGGCCCCUCAGCGUCGCCACGGACAACAUGAUGCUGGAGUUUUACAAGAAGGAUGGCCUUAGGAAAAUCCAAAGCAUGGGCGUCAGGGUGAUGGACACCUCGUGGGUAGCUCGCCGAGGCACCUCAGCAGUGCGCAAGGCGUCCUCCACCCCGCCGGCCGCUCAGCCCCCCGCGCCACCCGCCGAGCUCCCCGCCACGCCCCACUCGCCCAUUCCCGAGCAAUCACCGGACACUUCAGCUACCCCUUCCCCGCCUCCCACCAGUUUCGGCUUCCCCCCGGGAGCCGAGCGGAUAAGCACCCCCAGGCCCCAGGAGCCCUCCCCGGGGGCCGGGCAGCACCGGGGCCCCCCCCCGCCCGCCCAGCAGAGCCCGCACGCCCUGCGCAAAGGUCUGCUCCGUUUUGAGGUCCCCUCCCUCCACGUCCCUCCGGAUGCCGCCCUGUGCCGGGACCCGCCGGAGGCACCGCAGAGACUCUCGGGGAAGGGCCCGGCUGCCCGGCAGGAGGAGGAGGAGGAAUCGGAGAGCACAGCCCUAUGACAGUGUCCCUGUCCCCAAGCUCAUCCUUGCAGCACCCAGGGGCCAGCACUGGCCAGCGGCACCGAGGGCCACCGGCACACCGGUUUUGGGUGGCAAAGCGCCCGGUUUGGGGGCAGUCGCUGUUCUUUGUUUCAUUUUUUUUCGCCUUAUCCAGACUUUGCCUUUCAACUGGGUGCCUGCGCCCCCCCCGCCCCCCGCACCCCGCAGCACCCACGGUCCCGGGGUGCCGCCGCCAUCUCCUCCGGGCCCCGAUGGUGGGUGCCACCGGGUACCGGCCAGGUGACAACGCGCUGGCCGGCGCUUUGCAGCGGGAUUUCAUUUCUUCGGCUUCUUCCCCCUCCGCUUGUUUGCCGGAGCAGGAUGGGACCUGAGCAGCAAUAACCUGGGGACGCAGGCUGUGGCCCCCCCUCCGGGCUCUCGGGGUGCUGGUGGGCGAGGGUGCACAUCCCUCGGCGCCCGCUGUCCCAGUGGGUUGGUGGCUUUGGUCGUGCAUGCGAAAACAAAUUAACCUUUUAUCCUUUCCAGAGAGAUAAGAGAUAUAUAUAUAUAUCGGCAGAGAUAUAUAUAUAUUAUAUAUUUGUAUAUAUAUAGAAAAAAUAUAUAGAGAUUUGUUUUAUUUGGAGCCAUUCCCACCCACCCGGUGCACAGAGGGAGGAUGGAAAUGGCAGCGCUUCGCCCCCCGACCCCGCUCACGCUGUGCCCCUCGCCCCAGGCGGGCCCCGGGGGCACCAGCACCCCGAAGCGAUCAAUAAAUCCGUGUGCCACUCGCUGUGACCU